AUACUCAGUACUGAACAAGCUUUGUUUUCUUAGAAUCAAAACUUGCUACUACUACUACUACACUUACCUCACUUCUCUCCUAUACCCUGAACGUAUAAUUCAUCAUCAUGGACUUUGUCAACAAGCUUGCCGGCGGCCAGAACAAGAGCCAGGGCCAGUCUGUAAACGAGCAGGUCGUCAACGACCAGAACGCAGGACAGCAAUCGUCAGGCUCGGGUGGCUUCCUCGGCGGCAUUGGCAACAAGCUCAACGAGGCUGCUGGCGGCGGCAAGGCCAGCGAGAAGAACGAGGAUUACCUUGACAAGGGCGUCGACUUUGUCCAAGAAAAGUUCCUCGGUCAGGGACCCCAAGACAACGAGUCUGCUCUUGAGCAAGCCAAAGACGAGCAGAUUAGCGACUUUAUCCGUGGACAGUACAAGAGUGCUACCGGCAAGGACAUGCCCAUCCAGGACAAAUAAGCUCGUUGUAAUGAAGAAAGGUUGCGGGCGCUGGGAGCUAUGGCCUUGGGAAUAACGGCUGCGGCAGUACAUGUCUUGCUGGCCAUGAUGAUGCUAUUAUGAUAGUCACGAAAUGAAAUAAUCAUGAUCCCG